AGGGAGCAAGCGAGAGAGUGGGAGGGUGAGCGAGUGUCUCUGUGUCUGUGUGUCUCGCUCUGUGUGUCUGUGUGCUGGCAGGCUGGGAGGGGGUGAGGUCAGAUUUAUCACAUGCUGUGGAUCAGAGAGAGAAACCCUUUAUCUGGACUGCACCACACAACCAGGAGCCAAUCAGUCACAGUGAGCAGAGCCAGCUUUGCUGUAUAGCCUUCUCUAAGAAUAGCCUAGCAGUGAGAGCGGGCACAGUUAGCUAGCUCUAUAGCUUUGUCCAUUAACAGCCUAGCAGUGAGAGGGAGCACGGUUAGGCAGGCACUGUCUGUAAGAGACAGUUGACAGGAACUGAAGCGCACAGGCCAGCACUCGGAAUAACAGCCUGGGAGUCUGAAGUUGAAGGAUUGAAACACCCCUCGGCUUUCCUGUGAAGGACAUGAUGCUGCUAUGGACAGCUGUCCUCCUGUCCCGUCUCCUGCUGUUCUCCGCUGGACAGAGCCCGCCCCUGGAGGACUGCGGGGGAUCAUCCUGCAGCAAGAGACUGGUUGCGGAGCCCCCCGUGCAGGGCUGUCAGGGCUUAGGGACUGGGGGCUGCAGGGCACGGGUGCUCGCCCCUCCUGACACCCCUGUACAGUUGCUGCCGGACCCCCAGGAGCUAAGACAGACCCCACGGGAGGAGAGGGACAGGCAGGGGCAGCCUCGCAGUCUCUGGGAACGUGUGAAGCUGCUGGAGGGCAGUGUCUCAACCCUGCAGAGCCGGGUUCAGGGGCUGGGAGAGGAGGAGGGGAGGCUGGUCACUCUGCUGGCUCUGCUCCUGGCUGUGCUGGGGGAGUGUGACCUGGACUGUCACAGCCAGGCUGUGAAACAGAUCUCGCAGAUGGGAGGCCGGCAGGGGACGAGUCAGACAGCGAGGGAGGACCUGCUGAAGCUGCUGAGGGGGGCGGGGCUCACAGAAACCCCAGGUGAGAGGGAGCAGCACGGAUUGCUAUACUUCGACUGCUCCUCCCAAUUCUACCUGCAGAGGGGCUUUGUGUUUUUAAUAGUUAACUGGCAUUCCUGUGAUAGCAAGAUUAACUGGCAUUGCUGUGAAAGUCCAGGCGGGUUCGUUACAUGUAUAAUGCAGUUCUCAGUUGUCGUGUGUGUUGUUUAUUUCACAGUGGAGCCUGCAGGGGGGGAGGGAGAGGAGAAGGAGGAGGAGGAUGAGGAGGAGGGGAGUCAGUACCCACGAGACUGUGCUGAAAUCUACAAGCAGGGGAUCCGGGAGAAUGGCAUCUACACCAUCCAGCCAACCCCAGACACACAGCCCUUCGAGGCGUCCUGUGACAUGCUGACGGCAGGGGGCGGCUGGACGGUGUUUCAGCGGCGGCAGGAUGGCUCGGUAGAUUUUAACCGCACGUGGCAGGAGUACCGGCAGGGUUUCGGACCGCGGCAGGGAGAGCACUGGCUGGGGAACGAGGCCCUGCACUCCCUCACGUGGUCCAGGCACAGCCUGCUGCGCAUCGAGCUCCAGGACUGGCACGAGGUGCAGCGGCACGCCACCUACAGGAGAUUCCGCGUCGCGCACGAGACUCACAGGUAUCGCCUGACCGCGCGAGAGUACACGGGGGAUGCUGGCAAUGCCCUGAGCUACAGUAAGCAUUACAACCAUGAUGGGCGUCCGUUCAGCACCGCGGACAGCGACAAUGACAGCUACUCCUCGGGGAGCUGCGGCUCGUACUAUGGGGCGGGCUGGUGGUUCGACUCCUGCCUGGCAGCCAACCUGAACGGGCGCUACCACCAGGGGCGCUACAGCGGCCUCACCGAUGGCAUCUACUGGGGCACCUGGUACAUCCUGAUAGACCGCAGGAGCCAGCAGAAAUACUCCUUCAAGAGAGUGGAGAUGAAGACGAGGCCCGUCGACUUCUGACUCUUCAGCGCCUGCGAAACGCUCAAGAGAGCCGGGAAUUCUUCAGCUGAUUCUGAAAGCUUUCUCUACCAUCCUCUCCACUUAGCAAAAAGGGUUCUACAGUACAGGCCAGUUUAUAGCACUGAGUAUAGUGAUAUUCCCUGUCCGCAGGGCCCCUUUAUUUGACUCUCUCCUUAUCCCAGGCCUGGCCUCGACACCUGCUCAUAGGAGCUUUGUCCCUGUCCACAGGGCACUUUGGAUACAAGGGGCUCUACUGCACUGUACUGCCAUGCCUUCUUGUAAUCUUUCGAAUGACAUUUUACAUUUUAUUUAUAAUUAUGAAAAAUAAAAAGUUUUUUCGUUAUUGCA